ACGUAGGAUUAUUUUGAUCCGAACCACGUUAAAUCUUGUGUUCUUUCUUUUACGUUUCCGCUAACAGUAAUCUCUACCUUACCCAUAUUACCACGAAAAUACCGUCCCAUUUGACAAUUCUUUAACAUCUAUCCAUAAGCUUUUGAAAAGUCACAGUUUAUAAGCACUUCCUAUGUACAUUAUAACAUUUCAUUUGACUCGUGAUAUGAACGAGGAGUGUUGAGACCCAAGGGAUCAAAAAAAGAGAUGGCUGUCCAAAGAGAAGAAAGUAGUCCAGCUGAAUAUGUUGCUGUCAUCUGUGGAGUAACGGGGCUAGUGGGAAAGGAGCUAGCCAAUCAGCUUCUCUCAACAUCUAAAUGGAAGGUAUACGGCAUAUGUCGAAGGCCAGAAAAAAUAAGCACAUCCCAAAAUCCACGUUACCAUUUCAUUUCUUGUGAUCUCCUAAACACCUCGGAAACCCAAAAAAAGCUAUCUUCAUUGGUUGAUGCAACUCAUAUAUUUUGGGUGACUUGGGCAAGCCAAUUUCCUCUAGAUACUCCACAGAUUUGUGAGCAAAACAAAAGCAUGAUGAAUAAUGUCUUGAAUGCUAUCCUCCCAAGAGCUAAAGCACUCAAACAUAUUUCUCUACAGACAGGAACCAAGCAUUACGUCUCAUUACAAAAGACAUAUUGUUCUAGUACAAAACAAGUUUGUUAUUACGACGAACAAUGUCCCAGAGAUGAUUCUGAGUAUAACUUCUAUUAUGCACUGGAGGACUUGCUCAAGGUGAAAUUAAGAGGAAAAAUAGCAUGGUCUGUCCACAGACCAGGUUUGAUCAUAGGCAGUUCUCAUAGGACAACUUUUAAUUUUAUGGGAAGUUUGUGUGUCUAUGGAACAAUUUGUAAACAUUUGAAUCUGCCUUUUGUAUUUGGUGGGAAAAAGGAAUGUUGGGAAGAAAUGUGGGUGGAUGGAUCAGAUGCUAGGCUUGUUGCUCAGCAGCAUAUUUGGUCAGCCACCAAUGAAACAUUUUAUUCCACAGAUGGCCAAGCUUUUAAUGCGAUAAAUGGCUCAAACUUUACGUGGAAAGAGAUUUGGCCUGCUAUUGGCUUAAAAUUUGGGGUCACAGUUCCUGAAAACAUGUUCGAUCCAAAUUUUAGAAUCACCGAAUUCAUGGCAAACAAGGAACAAGUGUGGAAUGAAAUUGUCACGAAAAAUGACCUGGUUCAUGCCCAGAUGGAGGAGAUAGCAAAUUCCAAAUUCCUAGACGUUCUCUUUAGUUGCCCCAAGAUUUUAUGUACAAGAGAUAAAGCAGAUCGACUUGGAUUCACAACGAGGUAUCAUAUGUUGGAUUCAAUUUUACAUUGGGUUGAUGUUAUGAGACAAGAAAAGCUUAUCCCGUAACAUAGAAAUAGAAUUUAGGUACACUGAUAAUCUAAGAGAUUUUUGCAUGAUCGGUGUAGUUUUAAUGUUUUAUCACUUGUAAUAGGUUAUUUCUUAUG